CUCAAAGGAAAUGUCAGUCAAAGUAAAAGUUUUAUCAAAAAAACUUGUAAAUCGAGAAUAAAGCUUUUAAUUGAAUUAAACAACAAUGAAUUCUAAUAUAAAUACACGGUAUGGAGGUAUAUGUGAGGGCUGUUUAAGUAUGGAUAGAAAGUUAACUGCAAUAGCAGAUGCGAUGUAUUUGAAAUUUUACUCUGAUCUCCUUGAAAAAAAUCAUAUAAGUGCAUGUCUCUUGUGUUGGGAGUGCACAGCGAAUGUUCGCAAAAUGGCUACAUUUCGACAGCAAGUUAAAAAAGCACAUAAUACACUAUUUGAUCAUUUGAUGACUUCAACGGAUUUAACACCCCUAACAAGAUUAUCAAUCCAUCAAAUAGAUCCAUUAAAUAUCAACAUUGAGAAUCCAUUAAUGGAUACAAUGGAUACAGAGGUUGAACCAAUGACUUUUGUUAAACUUGAAAAUUCACAAAAUGUUGAGGAUUUUCAACUAAAUGCAACAUUUAAUAAUGAAGAAUAUAUGGAUAUGACCGAUUUGACAGAUCCAUUCAUGUCAAAAGAAAACUUUAAUAUCACAGAUGAAGAGCCAUUAAAAAAGAAGAAAAAAACAACGAAAAAAGCAACAAAUAACACUAAAAAGACUAAAACUAAGACAGAAAGAAAACAAACUAAAGAUUUAGAGGACAAAGAUAUGAGUCGCGGUCAAAUAACGCGAUAUACGAUGCAUUCUGUAAAAACUCUGAAAAAACUCAAUAUGGCCGACAACGAAUAUAUGCAACUUGUUGUUUUAACAUGGGAAGAGGUGGAAGAAGAACGUCAGAAAGCGUUAGAAAGUGACUCCUUCAAGAAGAUGCUUUACCGUUGUUACGAUUGCGUUCUCGGAUUCAAUCAUAAAUUUAAAUUGGAUAACCAUAUGAAAAAACAUGAUCCAGAAUAUGGUCCGGAAGUAUGUGAUGUUUGCAAAAUUCGUUGCAAGCAAGCGUCCGCACUCGCCGCGCAUAAGAAGAGACAUCAAGUCAAAUGGCGGUGCGCUUUGUGCGGCGCGCGCUGCUCCCGCGCCAGCGUGGCGGCGGACCACGUGUCGCGCGCGCACCGCGCCGCCAGCCCCACGCACCACUGCUCGCUCUGCGCACACCACUUCCCCACGUUAAACAAACUCCGUCUACAUAUGAAACAGCACUCGGAGCGUGUGAAAUGCGACCAGUGCGACAAGACCUUUGUGGAUCGAAGCGCUUUGAAGAACCAUCUCUUUAUCCACAGCGGACAGAAGGAGUUCCGUUGUCCGCAUCCGCAAUGCGACAAGCGGUUCCUCUUCAAGCGCGCUAUGGAGCUGCACCGCGCCACGCACGACCCGCACUCCAGCAUUUACUGUCAUACUUGUGAUUUAAGUUUCAAGAACGAGAUGUCGUACAAACAGCAUAUGCUGUACAGCCUCAAGCAUGUAGAUCCUGCGAGACUUAAGUACGCGUGUGGACAGUGCGACAAGAAGUUCGUGAAGCGCAAGCGGCUGGAGGAGCACCACGUGGCGGUGCAUCUCAAAACAACGCCUGUCAAAUGUACCGAAAGUGGAUGUAACUUUGCGUGCUCGUCGCGCCCCGUACUGCGCACGCACAAGCGCAUGGUGCACCGCGACGUGCGCGCGCGCCGCGACCACGUCUGCCAUCUCUGCGGGAAGGCGUACACGAGUAAGUCAGCGCUGGCGGGGCACCUGCGCGCGCACAGCGGGGAGCGGCCGCUGCGCUGCGCGCGCUGCCCCGCCGCCUUCGGCUACCCCGCCGCGCUGCACAACCACGCGCGCCGCCACCACCCCGCACCAGCACCUGCACACGCGGCUGGAAGGAGUAAAACGAAUGAAGUAUCGCAAACGGUGACCACAGCGACACUAGCGCCACUCGCCACAGAGAAUACUGACACGAGUGCAAUGUGGCCACUCACGACUGAUGAUAUCCCUCAGCAAGCAAACGAAACGUUAACAAGUUAAUUUGUAUUCAAUUUAAUUAAAACCAUAAAAUUUUAAUACUG